AUGGCGGGAGAUUACAUUCUGGCAGUCGCCUCGGUUAUGAUAGCCCAACUGCAAAAUGACAAUGUCACCCUCACGCUCAGUCAGGUAAAGUUCAUAAUUAAUGUUAACAACUAAUGUUAAUUGAUGUUUGAACGUAAGAGCAUCGACGUACUCUAGGAUACUGAUAUAAUCCUGAUGAUAAGUAUUGACAAGCCUAGGUGCUUUCCAGAUCGUGACGGACCUGGUGCAGGGUGAAUUUAUGCAGCUUGGCUCGAAGGAGACGGAGAACGAGAGAUUCGCUCAUUACCUUACGAAAACGUAUCGCAAGACAGCCAGUUUGGUUGCUAAUUCCUUAAAAGCGGUAAAUAUAGUUGAGGAUCCAUUUCAUCACAAAUGCAUUAGAAAGAUCAGUUAUAACGAAUGGAUAUACGUGACUAUGUUAGCGGAUGCUGAUGAACAAUUGGCCGAGUUAGCCUUCCAGUACGGCAGGAACAUCGGUCUAGCAUUUCAAUUGGUCGACGAUCUAUUGGAUUUCGUCUCGACUUUGUCAACAAUGGGCAAACCUACGGCUGCAGAUUUGAAACUAGGCCUUGCAACUGCUCCAGUUCUUUUCGCCUGCGAACGGUAUCCGGAAUUGAACGCGAUGAUCAUGCGCCGAUUUCAAGAGCCAGGCGAUGUGGAGAAAGCGUUCGAGCUAGUGCACAAGUCGCAGGGUCUCGACCAGACGAGAUUUUUGGCGCGGAAACACUGCAUCGAGGCCAUGAAACUUGCACAGUCUUUGGCCGAGAGUCCGUACCAAAAGGGGCUGCAGGUGGUCUGCGAUUUGGUAUUGAAUCGCAUGAAGUAG